CUGGCGAUUUCGUCAGUUUUGACAGGUCGAAUGGCGCUGUCUGUGGUCACGCGUAUGUUUUAAAAUAACGUUGUCAGGCAGCGAACCCGAGCCGAAAUCGGUCUGCGCCCCCGUGACAACGCCCCGAUAUGACGAGCCGCUCAUGAGACCAUGUCCAGCAGCAGCGACUCGGAGGAGUUCUACGACGCCGAGGAUCUAACGCCAAGUCAUGGUCCAAGAAAACCGAGGAAGACUUCGAAGGAGAGCCUCACGCAGAGGGCGAGCUCGGAGCCGAACGUGUCCACGACCCUGCCGAGGACGAAGGAGGAGGACAGGCACCCCCAGUCGGUCACCGAGAUCGUUUUUGUGGAACCCCAGAGUAAGAGGACUCCGUUAGGGGGCAGGCGCAAGUUCAAGGAGUUGAGACAGAAGUUGCAGAAUGACGAUGAGGAUUGCCAAACGGGGAAUGUUACGCCGCCCAAUAGUCAGACUUCUUCGGUCGAAGGGGUUUUCGCCACCUCGAAUAAGACUACUCACCCUUUUAGGAUCAUAGAGCAAGAUACUGUUAGUUUGCAGAGCAUUAAUUCCUUGGGGCGAUUGACGCGGAUUUUGGGGGGAGUCGCAGAAGGAGAAACCAACCGCAAAGCGGCGUCCGUGUCGGCCUUGUCGUCCAGCUCGCUCGACUCCGGCUCGACCCCCAGCUCCAAAGGUAUCUCCCAAUACCCCAGCAACGCUACAAUCUCAACCUUAACAUCGCAACAAGAAUACAAAGACAAACCGAGUCUUCCUCUCCAAGAGCCAGACGUAAUCGCAAGCACAAAAUCGUCAAGUUCGUCUUCUCAAAAAACCGACGACCAAUCUUCCAAAUUGGACAUCCCCGUGGCGCCCCCUCGCCGCAAAAAGAAAAACAAGACGGCUGCUUUAGCAAUUAAAAAAUCGGCAUCUAGUACUACUUUCGAAUCGAGCGAUCUGGCCAGUCCUGCUAGUACCAUCGAGAGUUUGACCCGUGAGUUUGAGCAUUCGUUAGAUCGGUUACCAGAAGGCAAAUCGCAGUCGGGGAAUUCUUUAGAUAUAAAGCAAGCGUUGAAGGGGCAGUUCGUGGUCAAACCCCAGGAUACGGAUAGUUUGAAGGCGCAGAGUGGGGUGAAGGAGAGUCAAGAGGUGGAGACUACGAGUAGUACGAGUAGGAGUGGUCAUAGUGGCAGAGGGUCGUCGACUAGGAGUAGCGUGGGGCACUACAGUUUAGGACCUCACAGGGGUACUCACCAGUCACACAAUAGGACUUCCAAAGAGCGCCGGCGUUCCGCUGGCGAUGAGAAUAUGUUGCAAGAUAUUAAUUUGAGGGUGCGCACGCACACUGAUUCCGGUAAGCAACUAUCCGACUUUGAAAUCUUGGAACAAGUCACGGUCCUGAAUCUGGAUACUGGAGAACGAGUACCGUUGAGUGUGGCCGAAGAUAAGUUACCACAAUGUAUAAACCCGUUGUCGUUACACAUUAUGCGGUUGACGUCGGAGUACGUUAGUAGUUCCAGUAUGGAAAAAGAGAAAGAGUCGGAUGAAGAAAGCGAAGAUACGAAGAAAGUGGAAAUACCGAUUGUGGACGACAACGAAGAAGUGGGUCGAAUGAGGAAGAAAACAGCCAUGUUGAAGAAAUUCGUGGGUACUGCUAUGAAAAAAACAAUGCAUAAAGCGAAGAGCAUAGCACAAGAAGUGUCACACGCUAGACAUAAAGAAGACACGAUUGACAUUGUAGAUGUGGUCAAUCCAGGAGAGCAGAGCAUUAAAUUGAAGGCUUCCAACUCGCAUAAAGGUCCGUACGACUUCGAGAAAGUCGAGCAUGUUCAAGAACUCAAAGACGAACACGAAGGUCCCAUCUGGUGCAUGAAGUUCUCUUGUUGUGGACGUCUACUUGCAACGGCCGGUCAAGAUAAGGUUCUCCGGAUAUGGAUAGUCCGUGACGCGUUUCCCUUCUUCCAAGACAUGAGAACUAAAUACAACGCUGAGAAGGUGUCCCCUACGCCUUCACAAGAGUCCUUAGUGUCCCACCACUCGGGCGAAAACACCAGCUUGGCGGUACUCGAAGCCCUCAGUUCCGAAGAGUGUGGCAAGAUGACCUUCAUGCCGAAACCGUUUUGUACAUACACCGGCCACACUUCCGACUUGUUGGACGUUUCUUGGUCGAAAAACUACUUCAUUUUAUCAUCGUCGAUGGAUAAAACAGUCAGAUUGUGGCACAUUUCUCGAAAAGAGUGUCUUUGUUGCUUCCAACACAUUGAUUUCGUCACAGCUAUCGUGUUCCACCCAAGGGACGACCGGUACUUUCUCAGCGGCUCCCUCGACGGUAAACUACGUUUGUGGAACAUCCCCGAUAAGAAAGUCGCCGUUUGGAACGAAGUCGAAGGCAACCCCAAACUAAUCACCGCGGCAAAUUUUUGCCAGAACGGUAAAUUCGCCGUGGUGGGUACUUACGACGGUCGCUGCAUUUUCUACAACACCGACCAGCUCAAGUACCACACCCAGAUCCACGUGCGCUCCUCCAGAGGUCGCAACGCCACCGGUAGGAAAAUCAGCGGCAUCGAGCCCAUGCCCGGCGAGGACAAAAUCCUGGUCACUUCCAACGAUAGCCGCAUUCGCUUGUACGACCUACGCGAUUUGAACGUCUCGUGCAAAUAUAAAGGUUACGUUAACAUGAGUAGUCAAAUUAAGGCGAGUUUUAGCCACGACGGGAAGUAUAUAGUCAGCGGGUCCGAGAACAGGGACAUCUACAUCUGGAAGACUAAUCACGACUACGCGAAGUUCUCGUCGGUGAGGAGGGACAGGAACGACUUUUGGGAGGCCAUUAAGGCUCAUAAUGCGGUUGUGACGUGUGCCAUUUUCGCCCCGAAUCCAGAAGGGAUUCUCAAGAUGAUCGAGGAAAGUACAAAGACGGAGGAGGCGGCGGAAGGGGGUGAUAAGCAGGUGGCCGAUCCCGUUGUGGAACAACAUACCAAAGGAUGCGGAGGUUACGUUUUGAUUUCGGCGGAUUUUAACGGUUGUAUUAAGGUGUUCAUUAACAAGAUGAAACCAAAGCAUAGCUCAUUACCUGUGUCCGCCAUGGUGUCUAACUCCAAGGUUAAAAAAGGGUAGAUGAUGUAUUUCAUAGUACUAAAUUGUGAUGCGGAACAUGUAUUAUAUUUUUUUUAAUUGUAUAUUUGAUUUUAGUCGGAAUAUAUUGAUUAACACGA